AUGAUGCUACAGAUGGGGGCAAUCACCCAACAACUUUUGGAGUUGAAGACUUCCACAAUCUCACCACCAGUAGCUGAAAUCUUUGAGUGUGAUUGGUGUGAUGGAAAAGAUCACAACAGUAUAGACUGUCGCAACUUUGGUCGAUCUCGCAAAGAAAAGAUUGACUACGUUGGACAGGGGUACCCACAAAAUCGUCAAGGAGGGUUCUUCAACAACAACAAUCGCCUCAACAACAACAACAACUAUCAACACCCAAGCGGAGCACCUGCUGCACUUAUUCGUCCACACUUUGGGCAAAAUCCUCCACAACAACCAUAUCCGAAUCAGCGGCCCCAACCAACUUACUAUAAUCCCAAUAAGGAUUUCGAUAAGAGGCCACAAAAUCAAGGCCCACCAGGCUAUCAAGCACGACCUCAAUAUCAGGGUCAAACUAGUGGAGCCUCUAACAACCAAAUUGAAGAUAUGAGCAGAGUUGAUAGGCUCGAGAAGCUCAUGUUGGGACAACAAGCAUCCAUCUCCAACAUUGAAUUACAAAUGACCAAUCUGGCCAAGAUGUUGAGUGAAAGACCCCCUGGCACUCUUCCCAGCAACACGGAGAAUAAUCCCAAGGAGCAACUAAAGGUUAUAACCCUUCGAAGUGGGAAGGAAAUCGAGCCCAUAUCCAUGAAGAUCACCAAACCAAGUCCACAUUCGCCAAAGAAGUCAGCCAAAAUAUGUCAUUAUGGAAGCCGACCUGCAUAA